GAGGAAAGGAAACGAGACGUGCGGGGGAGAAGACAAACGGAAUGCAGCCGUAGUCCAGGCUCCCUCUCACCACCAGUGUUUGUAAUUUUUUCAUCUGUGCUGUGUUUUAGUUAUUUAGUUUCUCCUGGAAUAGCAACAGUUUGUGGAUUAUUCGUCGGGGCGGGUAAAGACCGUUAAUAAGAAGGCAACAACAUGAGUGUCGAGGCGUACGGGCCGAGCUCGCAGACUCUAACGUUCCUCGACACCGAGGAAGCCGAGCUGCUGGGAGCGGACACCCAGGGCUCCGAGUACGACUUCACCGACUUUACCCUGCCGAGCCAGACCCAGACCCAAGGCCAAACCCAAACCCAGAGUCAGCUAGAUAACCAGGUUAAUGGCCCUGAUAGCAUGCUACAGAAUGGAGAUGACUCUGUGGUAAAAGCCAGUCAGCUGCUGGCAGAGUUGAACUUUGAGGAGGAUGAGGAGGACACCUACUACACCAAGGAUCUCCCUGUACAUGCAUGCAGUUACUGUGGCAUUCAUGAUCCAGCCUGUGUGGUCUACUGCAACACCAGCAAGAAGUGGUUUUGUAAUGGCCGUGGAAACACAUCCGGCAGCCACAUUGUAAACCACCUGGUGAGAGCAAAGUCCAAGGAGGUGACCCUGCAUAAAGAUGGCCCUCUGGGGGAAACGGUACUGGAGUGCUACAACUGUGGCUGUCGCAAUGUCUUCCUUCUGGGCUUCAUCCCUGCCAAAGCUGACUCAGUGGUGGUGUUACUAUGCAGGCAGCCAUGUGCCAGCCAGAGCAGUCUGAAGGACAUCAACUGGGACAGCUCCCAGUGGCAGCCUCUCAUCCAGGACCGCUGCUUUCUGUCCUGGCUGGUGAAAAUCCCUUCAGAGCAGGAGCAGCUCAGGGCUCGUCAGAUCACCGCCCAGCAGAUCAACAAGCUGGAGGAACUCUGGAAGGAAAAUCCCACUGCGACCCUUGAGGACCUGGAGAAGCCUGGUGUGGAUGAGGAGCCCCAGCAUGUGCUGCUCCGCUAUGAGGAUGCCUACCAGUACCAGAACAUCUUUGGUCCUCUCGUCAAGCUGGAGGCUGACUACGAUAAGAAACUCAAAGAGUCUCAGACUCAAGACAACAUUACUGUCAGAUGGGACUUGGGCCUGAAUAAAAAGAGGAUUGCUUAUUUCACUCUUCCCAAGACAGACUCUGAUAUGCGACUGAUGCAGGGAGAUGAAAUUUGCCUGAGAUACAAAGGAGACCUGGCCCCUCCAUGGAAAGGCAUUGGACAUGUCAUCAAAGUCCCUGAUAACUAUGGAGAUGAGAUUGCCAUAGAGCUAAGGAGCAGUGCUGGAGCUCCAGUGGAGAUCCCCCACAACUUUCAGGUCGACUUUGUGUGGAAGUCCACUUCCUUUGACAGGAUGCAGAGUUCCCUGAAGACAUUUGCCGUGGAUGAGACUUCAGUGUCGGGUUACAUCUACCACAAACUGCUGGGACAUGAAGUAGAGGAUGUGGUCAUCAAGUGCCAGCUGCCAAAACGCUUCACCGCUCAAGGCCUGCCUGAUCUUAACCACUCACAGGUGUAUGCUGUGAAGACAGUGCUGCAGCGUCCUCUCAGUCUGAUCCAGGGUCCUCCUGGCACAGGGAAGACUGUAACCUCUGCCACCAUUGUCUACCACCUGGCCAGACAAGGCAACGGACCGGUGCUGGUGUGUGCUCCCAGUAACAUUGCCGUUGACCAGCUGACAGAGAAGAUCCACCAGACAGGCCUCAAGGUGGUGAGGCUGUGUGCCAAGAGCAGAGAGGCUAUCGACUCGCCUGUGUCCUUCCUGGCUCUGCACAACCAGACGCGUAACAUGGACAGUAUGCCAGAACUUCAGAAGCUCCAACAGCUGAAGGACGAGACCGGAGAGCUGUCCUCCUCAGACGAGAAGCGCUACAGAGCUCUGAGACGCACCGCUGAGAGGGAGCUGCUUAUGAAUGCCGAUGUGAUCUGCUCUACUUGUGUUGGGGCGGGGGAUCCCCGUCUGGCCAAGAUGCAGUUCCGCUCAAUCCUGAUUGAUGAGAGCACCCAGGCCACCGAACCAGAGUGCAUGGUGCCUGUCGUCCUGGGGGCCAAACAGUUGAUUCUGGUGGGUGACCACUGCCAGCUAGGCCCUGUGGUGAUGUGUAAGAAGGCAGCUAAAGCAGGUUUGUCACAGUCUCUAUUUGAGCGUCUUGUCGUCUUGGGGAUCCGGCCGAUUCGCCUGCAGGUUCAGUAUCGAAUGCACCCGGCCCUCAGUGCCUUCCCCUCCAACAUCUUCUAUGAGGGCUCUCUGCAGAAUGGAGUCACUGCCGCGGACCGUGUGAAGAAAGGCUUUGACUUCCAGUGGCCACAGCCCGACAAGCCCAUGUUCUUUUAUGUCACCCAAGGCCAAGAGGAAAUUGCUAGCUCUGGAACUUCCUAUCUCAACAGGACUGAGGCAGCCAAUGUAGAGAAAAUAACCACAAGAUUGCUGAAGGCUGGAGCGAAACCCGAUCAGAUUGGAAUCAUUACGCCCUACGAGGGACAGAGGUCCUACUUGGUCCAAUACAUGCAGUUCAGUGGCUCCCUUCAUACCAAACUCUACCAGGAGGUUGAAAUAGCCAGUGUGGAUGCCUUUCAAGGCAGAGAGAAGGACUUCAUCAUCCUGUCCUGUGUGAGGGCCAAUGAGCACCAGGGCAUCGGCUUCCUCAAUGAUCCCAGACGUCUCAAUGUGGCACUCACUAGGGCCAGAUAUGGUGUGAUUAUUGUGGGAAACCCCAAGGCCCUGUCCAAGCAGCCUCUGUGGAACCACCUGUUGAAUUACUACAAGGAGCAAAAGGUCCUGGUUGAAGGCCCUCUUAACAACCUGAGGGAGAGCCUCAUGCAAUUCAGCAAGCCCCGCAAGCUUGUCAACACCAUCAACCCGGGUGGUCGAUUCAUGAGCACAGCCAUGUAUGAUGCAAGGGAGGCCCUCAUUCCUGGAUCUGUUUAUGACCGCAGCAGCAACGGACGUUCGUCCAGUAUGUAUUUCCAGACCCAUGACCAGAUUGGUAUGAUUGGAACAGGCUCCAGCCCGAUGACUUCCCUAAACAUCCCCAUCCCCUUCAACCUUGUGAUACCCCCCAUACCUCCUCCUGGGUACAUGGGUCCGGUCAAUGGACCCUCACCAGGCCGUGGUGGGGGUAUGAAAGGCAAGGCAGGCAGUGGAGGAGGCAGCGGGACGCGAGGAGGGCGUCAAAGAAACCGCGGCAACAUGGGGAACCACAGCAGCGGACAUGGAGGAGCAGACCGACAUGGAGGCCACAUGAGUGGCAGCCAGGCCAGCCAGGACCUGGGCUCCCAGCCCUUCUCCCAGGGGCCUCUGACGCAGGGCUACAUGAACAUGAGCCAGCCGUCUCAAAUGAGCCAGCCAGGGCUCUCCCAGCCUGAACUCUCUCAGGACAGUUACCUAGGAGAUGAGUUCAAGUCCCAGAUUGAUGUGGCUUUGUCCCAGGACUCCACCUACCAGGGGGAACGGGCCUACCAACACGGUGUGACUGGACUGUCCCAGUACUAGACUGUUGCUGGAAAGGAGCAAGGCCUGUGUGAAGCGAAGUUCAAUGGUAUUUUAAUCUGGGUAAUAA